AGCGCGGCCAAGUCCAUUCUGGAGCUGUUUCGAGCUGCUUGUGACUCUGAGCAAUCAGAUUGGUUCAGAAGGACGUUUGGGGGCAAGGCUUACAUGUUAAGCUGCUAAGCCGCCCUUCUUUGCAGUCAAGGUGCUGGAAACAGGAAAGCACGCUUUACCAAGAGGAUAUUGGUGCGGGAUUGAGAAGCAAGCGUUGUGCCUGCAUCCACUCCGGUCAUGAGUGGAACAGUGAUGGUCAGGUUAUUACUGAUGCAUUGCCAUUUAGGACUCCAUCCUGUGGCUUAGGGGGGUAUAAUACAGGACCGGGUAGGAUGCAAGUCCUCUGAGCAUAAGGUCCACAGAGAAGAAUUGGGCUAAGGCUAGGGCAACUAUGGUUCACCAGCGGAAGGAACCUUCAGCGUUCAGAGAGAGGCCAUCCUGGAAUAUCAUCGCAUUACUGUCAAGCGCUGCGGUUAUAAGACUUGCUCUCAUCGCUUAUGGAGAGUGGCAGGACCGCCACAUGCUGGUGAAGUACACCGACAUAGAUUACCUGGUCUUUACGGACGCUGCUUCUUUUGUGGCUGCUGGGAAGUCCCCAUAUCUUCGAUACACAUACCGCUACUCCCCUUUGCUGGCCUACAUUCUGGUGCCGAAUACAUGGGGCUUUCCUGCGUUUGGCAAGGUUGUGUUCUCGAUGGCCGACAUCCUAACUGGGUGGCUGACAUAUACCCUAGUCCGGUUACGGGGCACGUCGGAGACCGCCAGCUUGCUAUGCGCUGCAGCCUGGCUGUACAAUCCAUUCACUUUCUCGAUAGGCACCAGGGGCAACUGUGAGGCGCUAGUGAGCGCACUCCUGCUGGGGAUGCUUUACCACCUCUUUACAGGCCGGGUGCUGAUGGCAGCUGUAUGGUAUGGACUUGCCGUCCAUCUGCGAGUAUACCCCAUCAUCUAUGCGCUUCCUCUCCUUCUGUUCCUCGACAGCAAUUUUCCCGCAAGCCAUCGCCGCCUGACCCAAACCACCGCUCCGCAAAAAGGGUCGCUUAGUCCCUUUGGCUGGCCAACCCGAGAAGGCCUUGUUUUCGGCCUGGUCGCCGGUUGCAUAUUCACGGGCCUGACUGCCAGUUUUUACCUUUUGUACGGAAUGGAGUUUCUGAACGAGGCGCUGCUUUACCAUCUUACCAGGACAGAUCCCCGCCACAACUUCUCCAUCUACUUCUACCAGUUCUACCUCUCCCACGAAUCGGCGCCGACUGCCGACGAGCGGUUGCUGGCUUUCCUGCCCCAGGCACUGACUCAGCUCGGUCUGUCCGCUGCUUUCGCUCGGGACCUGCCAUUCUGCAUGUUCGCACAGACCGUCGCUUUCGUCGCCUUCAACAAGGUCUGCACUGCGCAGUACUUUGUGUGGUUCUUCUGCCUGCUGCCCCUGAUCCUUCCUUCCACUCAACUCAAGCUCCGCUGGCGAGGUCUCGCCUGUAUACUUGUCUGGGUAGCCGGCCAGGUGCACUGGCUCGCUUGGGCGUACCAACUCGAGUUCGAGGGAAAGCCGGUUUACCUGCAACUCUGGGUUGCCAGCCUUGUCUUCUUCGUCGCAAACGUUUGGGUGCUCGCGACGCUAGUCACCUACCACAGCCACGUGGCCAAGGGGAAGGGUGGGAAACGCACGUUGCCAUCGCGCUUUUGUGGAGUGGCAGCCAGUAUUUGUCAACGGGGAGCUGAAUGCCGUCUUUGGAGCCACAGGAAAGGUGGAUUAAGUGGAAACGCCUCUCAUUCGCCGCACAGGGCUGGCGCUUCAGAAAACAUUUUGUGACUGUGGGCGCCCCGAGGCUGGCCAAUCUACACAUGCCCGUGGAAAGUUGCGGGGCGAGAGCCGAGCGAGGGCAGAGCUGGAGAAGGAGUAGAGCUGAUUGUUUUCAUCCGUCGGAAUGAGACGACAUCUGCAGGACGGUUGAUUGAUACAAGCGGGCAAUGGAUUGUCGGCGGACGAAUAAAGUACUGCCUCUGAUCCCUUGGAUACAUGGCGAGCGCUAUACACUCGGCCACAGCAGCCUAAGCUUCAGUAUCCUGGCAACGUUGCGAAGUGACAGAUCAAUCGGCCCUGAAUGAGUGAGCAAGCUGAACGAUUAGUAUGAUGAUACCCAGUCUCGAAUCACGGGUUGCCAGUAUUUCGAGCCGCA